UGUUACUUUUCACUUUUGAACUGCACUGUGUGUUGUGAAAUAGAUUUUCUGUUUGCUUUCAAGUAGUUUCAUGUCCGUGUCGUGAUAAAAAGCACAGCAACAUCUACAUGUGGAGUCUCUGGGAACGCUUCCGGUAGCUGGGCACAUAGCUAUUCGCCAUUAGGAUGGCCGCUUUAGAAUCGAUUAUUCCUGUUGUUGAGGUUGCAUCACGUGCCGGAGAGGAGUUUGUUCAGCUGUACUAUGAGUCCAUUGACAAGCGGCGACAUGUGAUGGCACCGCUGUACUCCGAUGCGUCCCAGUUUCUGUGGAAUGGCUGGUGUGGGCAUGGCCUUGCUCAGGUCAUGCAGCUGUUGCAGAGAGUGCCGUCCAGCGAGCAUACGUUACACACCCUGGAUUGUCAACCUGUUGCAGCUGCUGCGUGCAAUGGUAGUACACAAGUAUUGGUGAGCACAGAGGGCCAUGUGAAGUACGACGGCGAUGGAAAGACGCACUGCUUCUCCCAGCAGUUCGUUCUGCUCUCGGAGGACGGUGUCUGGAAAAUCCUCAGUGACUGCUUUCGUUUUAUUGGCUGAGUCCUGAUGAAGCAAGCGCAUCAAGUUAUGGAUGAUGAUGCCCAGCUCUAGAACUUAGAAGUCAAGAUUGCUAGUUUCUGUGACGCAACGGUCUUCUCCAAUGCCAAUGUUGCGGUGUGUGUUGAAUACGAGAGCUAUGUCCAUUUCCAAGUUGGGUGUCCGCUCAUGAUUCCCGUGCCAAGCAUCUACACUCUUCUGCCAAGCAUGCUGUCAAAUGCUACUGGCCGAGACUGGACCAACAUCAUACUGGCCAAGAGCAGUGUUGGACUUGCGGCAUAACGUAUGGCUGCGCAUCAACGCUGCGCCGUGAAACGAGCGGCCAGAGUUGUGCAACUGCUGAUAUUGCCCCAAACGGACUGGUCCAAUCUGUGUGGUUAUUCCUUGAAGGUUCCUAUGCUGAAGUGAGCCACAUCGAAGUAUACAUAGUAGCAUCUGGCUAUUUGUUUUCAACGUGGAACACUGGACACCAAUGUACGUCAAGUGUCGUUUUUUUAUAAUAUUUAUUCUGAAUUUCAUACAGUUGGUAUCGGUUCACUGUGUUCAAUGUGAUCCUCUUGUUGUUGUUCGUGUCUUUCGUACUUAGGCGGCAAAUUUUGGACUCGUGCGAGUAGUGCUUUGUUUUAAUUUGAUAGUGUUCCCAACCUUGACUUUAUAAUCUGAGAAGUGAAGUACGUUGUUUAUCUACAGACAUUCGCGGUGGUGAUUUUUUCUUAGCGUUUUGUCCACAUCCACCACGUCUUGUGAAGUGAAAAGGUUACCGUAAUGAUGA